GAGCUGCAGUGAAGGAUGUUGGAAGAGAGACGAGAAGGAGGGAAGUAGUGACACACAGUACACUGUAACGAACUACAGUAUCGUAACAUUUCGGAUUAAAACCCGUCUGCUAAUGCAUGAUAAGCUGGUUAAUUCUCCCCACAGGAGCUCAGAGGGAAGAUGCAUGUAAACCUAAGAAGAAGAAGAAGAAGAAGAAGUGAUGAGGAAGUUCUCUGAAGCGCUCUGACAGGAUGUCAUCACAGGGGGGUGACGAGCCCCCUCCAAACGGAGGUCAACCAGAUAGCCGUCUAAAGAGCAAGAAGCCGCCGAGCCUUGUGAUAGCGAUCCCUCCGCCUGAGGAGACCAUGUCCCACGACCCGGCGAAACAGCCACUUCGACCGUCUCUGAAAAAAAGCAUGAGUCAGGCCCCCGGCUCGGUGUCGGAGAGCGUGGGCGGAGCCUACGAUGGACGCUCCUCAGCCAGAGACAGGAGGGCCAAGUUCGGCAGACAGACGUCGCUCUCACAAAGCAUCCGCAGGAACACGGCGACCUGGUUCGGUGUCGGGGAGGACUGUGAGACCAAGCAGCAGCUAUGGCACAGGAAGAGCAUGCGCCACUGCAGCCAACGCUACGGCAAGCUGAAAGCCCAAUACAGAGAGCCGGAUACGGCCACCAGCAUCGACCAAGGCCCGGAGUCACCGGCCACACAGAGGAUGCCCAAGAUUGUGGAUCCUCUGGCACGGGGGCGAGCCUUCCGCUGCCCUGACGAGAUGGACAGUCGCUCGCCCAGGACGCCGCACACUGCUCACGGGGGUCCCAUCACCCCCGGCGUCACCUCUCUCAGCUCCUUCACCAGCCAGCGCUCCGGGUACAGCCGCUUCCCCAAACGGAAGAGGGAGUCUGUCGCCCGCAUGAGCAUCCGCGCUGCGUCCAACCUGCUGAGGGGUCGUAGCAGCUUGGCGGGCUCUCAGACCGGUCGCAGUUUCCCCAAGAGGAGCUUCGUCCGGCCCAGCUGGAUGGACGAAGAAACCGUGGACUCUGCAGACACGCCGGAGUCGCUCUUCUUCAGCAAGGUCGACGCCCACGAUGAGUUUUACCACAUGACCGAUGACGUGUUUGAAUCCCCUCCCAUAUCUGCAGCGUUCGCUCCCAGCGAGCAGCCGGACCAGAAGUUCCCGAGCCUUAAGGACGUAUCCAGAACGCCGACAGCAGUGCCUGAGAAGAGAUGUCCUCGUCGGGGCGGCCGCAUCGCCUCCCAGGUGAAGCACUUUGCCUUCGACAAACAAAAGCGUCAGUACGGGAUGGGCGUGGUGGGAAAGUGGCUGAACCGCCACUACAGACGCAGCCUCAGCAGCACCGUGCAGAAACAGCUGGACGACUUCCAGAGCCACAGACCCUACUUUACCUACUGGAUCACAUUUGUCCACGUGGUCAUCACUCUGCUGGCGUGUUGUACGUACGGCUUUGCCCCCGUGGGGUUUGCCCAACACUCCACGACUGAACUGGUGCUGAAGAACAAAGGCAUCUAUGAAAGUGUCAAGUUCAUUCAACAGGAGAACUUCUGGAUCGGCCCCAGCUCUGAUGAUCUGAUCCACCUGGGAGCAAAGUUCUCGCCCUGCAUCCGUCAGGACCGACAGAUCGUCAACCUGAUCCAGAGGGCCAAAAACCUGGAGAGAGAGUCGGGCUGCUGCGUCCAGAACGAUAACUCAGGCUGCGUGCAGACCCACAGCUCCGACUGCUCGGAGACUCUGGCCACCUUCAUCAAAUGGAGCGAUGAGGACACUGACAUCCUCAGGUCGUCUGGUUCUGUGUGUCACCAGGAUCCCAGAGUGUGUGAGGAGCCCGCCUCUACAAAGAUUCACACGUGGCCCGAUGACAUCACCCAGUGGCCGGUUUGCACGCUUCCUAAGAAGUGGAACCACACGGGAUACAGACACAUGGACUGCAACAUCAAGGGCCGGCCGUGCUGCAUCGGAACCAAGGGCAGAUGUGAGAUCACCACCAGAGAGUAUUGCUCUUUCAUGCAUGGUUACUUCCACGAGGACGCCACACUCUGCUCACAGGUUCACUGUCUGGACGAUGUGUGCGGCUUACUCCCCUUCCUCAACCCCGAUGUGCCUGAUCAGUUCUACCGACUGUGGCUCUCUCUCUUCCUCCAUGCUGGGCUGCUGCACUGCGUGGUGUCCGUGGUGUUCCAGAUGACCAUACUGAGAGACCUGGAGAAGCUGGCCGGUUGGGUCCGCAUCUCCAUCAUUUAUGUCCUCAGUGGCAUCACAGGAAACCUGGCCUCCGCCCUCUUCCUGCCCUACAGAGCUGAGGUGGGUCCGGCCGGGUCUCAGUUUGGCCUCCUGGCGUGCCUCUUCGUCGAGCUGUUUCAAGGCUGGCAGAUUUUGGAGAAGCCCUGGAAGGCCUUCCUCAAGCUGCUGGGCAUCGUCCUCUUCCUCUUCACGUGCGGCCUCCUGCCGUGGAUCGACAACAUCGCCCACAUCUUCGGCUUCCUCAGCGGCCUGCUGCUCUCCUUCGCCUUCCUGCCCUACGUCACCUUCGGCACGUUCGACAAGUACCGCAAACGCGUCCUCAUCGGCGUCUCCAUGUUGGCCUACACGGGGCUGUUCUCGUCGCUCAUCGUGUGGUUUUAUAUCUAUCCCAUCAACUGGCACUGGCUGGAGCAUCUCACCUGCCUGCCCAUCACGAGCAACUUCUGCGAGAAGUACGACAUCGACCACAACAUCAACGCCGUGGUGCACUAAACGACCACGUCAGCUGAUUCCCCGGUCAACAAAGUGGCCUUUCACCAACGUGCAACCACGUCUCAGAUCUUCUUAUCAGGACCAGAUCAGCCUGGGACGGGCUCAGUCCUUCAAACUCGACUCAGUCUGGAUCUAACUAGCAUGUUCGUUUGCUAACAGGCUAGCCUCAGAAUCAGAGGACAGAUACUCAGGAAGUGAAAAUGACAAACAGACAGAGGAGAUCUGACGCUUCCUACAGGUCAUGAAAAGUUGAUCUAAAGGAGCCGGGAAGGCGGGACCCGAGGACCCGAACAAUCCCCGACUAUACGAUUGAGGAAUAAGUGAGAUGAAACGAGAGACUGAUGCCAAAGAGGCUCAUCAACACUACAAACUGUUUUUUAAUCCCUUUUGUAUUCACUCAGCAUGUCGACUUCUUCAGACCAGAGAGGAAUAUCAUGUAAUGUGUUCACGCUAACGAUGUCAACAUGGUCCAGACUUUGAGACUUUUCAAUAUCACGUGUUUGCAAACGGUACAAUCUGAAGAAAUCAAAAAAAAACUUAAAACCAAAAUCUGCUGCCAGUAAAUACUAACGAGUCCCUUUGAGCGUUCAUAAAGAUGCAAACACACAGUUAUGUCCCCCUUGUACUUUAUAUCACGAUGUCCUGACGCACUGAAACGUCCCGCACGCAGCAUCAUGACGAGAGAAUCCAAAAACAUGGACAGAGGACAGAGUCUGCAGAAUGAGCGUCCACCUCAGGCUGAGAUGUUAGAUUUUAAAAUGGGUCUAAACCUCGUUAGGGGUACAUGACGGAUACUCGGGACGUUUACACGACUUCAACUUGACUUUUAAAAAACAUGCAAACAUGUUCGUGUAACUCAAAUAAUACUAAGUCCAUAACUUGACGUCGGACUAAAACACCUGAACAAAGUGUUUUGGGAGUCGUUUCACUCUCACGUGUGUGCACCUCAGAUCGGGCCCAAACUGUCCGCAGCGUUCUGAGCACGCUCCACAGCUGCUGCCCCAGACUUUGACCCAGAAGUCGAGCAGAAUAAAUGUGUAAAAAGAAAGAGAAGAAGAAAAUAAGACGAAGGUUUCAACAUGGCGAGUGAGAGAGAGAGAGAGUCGUGCAACUUAGUACACAAGUUUUCAGCGUCACACAAACAGUCUGCCGCCUGCUAACUUGUUUGUCAGUUUUUGUCUGGACGUUAUUGGUCGACGGGAAGGAGGCGUAUCGCCACCUACUGUAGCGGAGUGGGACAUACUUUAAUCUUCAUUAGAUGACCUCAUCGAGCUUCAUCUUUACCUCGACUUGACCGUGCAUGUAAAUGUUCUGACUGUCUGAAUUUCAAACAGGUUAUCCAUGUAGAUAUUCCAUUUUAAACUUCUGGUAUCGUGACCACCCUGGUUCAAACGAUCCACUGUGCAGCUGAGAUAUUUUAACCCUUCGUGGUCACCUGAGGCGUCGUUUCUUUCUCACACCGCCAGUUGCCUUAAACCGACUUUGCCAUUGAACAGAAGAUGCCUCGUGUUGAUGACAUCACAGUGUUUUAAGAUCAGCUGUACUCACUGCUGAACACGUUACCAAAGCAACGCUCUGGUGCUGCUUCUGUAAACAUGUUGAUCUUCACCACCUCUGAACCUGAAUACAGUGAGCAGUUUGAGCUCUGAUUUGAACGUCUCACCUUUGCAGGAUCUCACAGCUGUGCCUAAACCAUGAUGACGAUGAACUCUAAAAACAACAACAAUCACUGGAAUGAUAUGUAUGUAAGGAGUCGGUGUCUAAACCGGCUGUUUGUCUGAACAAAGUUAGUUUAGUUCUAGGUUUUUUUUUUGUUUUGUCAUCGAGAGAAUCUCAGAACGCAGCGUUGUGUUUCACCUCAGCCUCAUGUUUCCUCUCACACGAUCACUCAGUCUGCUCCUGAAAUCUGCCCGAAUCGCUCGUCCACACAUGAUCCUCACAGUCUGACGUUCGACCCCAGUCCAACACCAUUAUGAUUAUGUUUGGACUUUAUAUCACUGCUACUUGAGAUCGAUCGUAUUCACAGUAUCAACGAAGAAGAAAGCAGAAAAGAGAAGGAAGAUCUCAGCGGCCUCACCUCUCCUUGAGACACUUCCUUCAUAACUCCUGAUGACUCAUCGGGUCACCCUAAACGUCUCCUGGAAAAUUUACUAGGG